AUGGACGCCCUCCCACUCCCAAGGGAAGCCGACCUCAACUCAACACCUUUCACAACCCCAGACCCCCUCACCUUCGAAUCCAAAAACAUCCUCCACGUCCACCUCGAAAAGCGCUACUCCACCAUCUCUAUCCCCUCCACCUACGGCCACCUCAACACUAGCCCCCCACCCGGCACAGUCGCCGGUAUCGUCCUCGGCAGCGUCGGAGGCGUCGUCCUAAUCCUCUACCUGACCUUCCUAGCCCUAAACCCAGGCGGUCUGGCGCGGGGUAGUCCCUCCGUCAUCGACGAGGAAGUCGUCGUGCGCAGUCGGCGCUCACCCUCGCGACGGAGCGAGGUCAUCGAAGUCGUCGAGGAGCGGGAUCGGGAUCAUGAUCGUCGGCGCGAUAGUUAUCGGCGACCUGGGUCGCGCCGGAAUCAUAUUGUUGUUGAGGAGUCGAUGACGGGGACGUCCGUGACUGAUGAUCCGGAUAUGGUUGAGGUUAUUGAGGAGGAGUCUUCGGCUUUGUCUACUAUUUCGCCGGAGCCGAGGAGAGGGGGUAGGUAUCGGACGGUUGACCCGCUUGAGUAUGGGGGUGGGAGCUCUUAUGAUGGGGAUAGUCAUUAUCGGGGUUGA